GUGCCAAGUCGCGGGAGAGCGUCCCAGAGCAGCGGGAGAUUCCAGUGUGGCUCUGCGCCUCGCUGUCCUGCCCUGAUCUCCUCUGUUAGCACCGGUGUAGUUGUCCUCCGAGGAUUCUCUGUAUUGCCUACCUUGUGCUGAUUACCGCCUCUGUACGCUGCGAUCUGCCUUCCUGACGCUCCUUCCUAUCCAGCCUGGGAAUUAAAACACAUGGGAAAGCAGUAUUUCAUCUUGCUAGCAGCAUCUUUUGCAGCCUAUGUGUUCGGCAGAGUAACCAGGAGUGAAGGGAAAAUAUUAGAUCAUGUCGGAGUUCUGGCUAAUUUCUGCCCCGGGAGAUAAAACAAAUCUGCAGGCAUGGGAGAGGAUGAACACGGUGACGUCUAAAUCCAACCUGUCCAGCAACAGCAAAUUCCAUAUUCCGGACUUAAAGGUGGGGACACUGGAUGCGCUUGUUGGUCUGUCAGAUGAGUUGGGAAAACUUGAUAGCUUUGCUGAAAGCGUAAUAAAGAAAAUAGCCCAGUACAUAGGAGAAGUUAUGGAGGACUCAAAAGAUAAAGUGCAGGAAAAUCUUCUGGCCAACGGAGUUGACCUAAUUAGCUACCUGACACGGUUUGAGUGGGACAUGGCCAAAUACCCCAUAAAGCAGCCGCUGAAGAAUAUAUCUGAAGCAUUAGCAAAGCAAGUGACACAGAUAGAAGCAGACCUAAAGACCCGAUCAGCCGCAUACAACAACAUUAAAGGAAACUUGCAGAGCCUGGAGAAAAAAACUGUGGGAAAUCUGCUGACUCGGACCCUAGCAGACAUUGUGCAUAAAGAAGACUUUGUUCUGAACUCCGAGUAUCUUAUCACGCUGCUCGUUGUGGUACCAAAGUCAAGCUAUGUACAGUGGCAGAAGACGUAUGAAUCCCUCUCUGAUAUGGUAGUACCUCGCUCCACCAAAAUGAUUGCUGAGGAUGCAGAGGGAGGACUCUUCACAGUGACCCUAUUUAGAAAAGUGAUGGAUGACUUCAAGGCCAAAGCCAGGGAAAACAGGUUCAUGGUUCGAGAAUUUUAUUUUGAUGAGAAGGAACUGAAAUGUGAAAAGGAAGAGCUGAUGAAAUUAGCUUCUGAUAAGAAACAACAGUAUGGCCCAUUGCUGCGCUGGCUGAAAGUGAACUUCAGCGAAGCAUUUGUAGCCUGGAUCCAUGUGAAAGCCUUGAGGGUUUUUGUUGAAUCUGUCCUGAGGUAUGGCCUCCCUGUGAAUUUCCAAGCAAUGCUGCUGCAGCCAAACAGGAAGUCUGUAAAACGGCUGAGGGAUGUCCUGAAUGUGGUCUUUAAACACCUGGAUGAAGUUGCAGCAGCAAGUAUAAUGGACCCUGGCAUGGACAUCCCUGGUUUACAACUGAGUAACCAAGAAUACUAUCCUUAUGUCUACUUUAAAGUGGACCUCAGUCUUCUUGACAGCAGCUGAAGAAAAAUGGCUCAAGCUUCACCUAUUAAUUUUCAACCCUAAUGUUGCUGUAAAACAAUCUUUAGCUACUGAAAUUCAAACAUAGAUGCUGUAACAGGAUAAUUGCAUAAGAUCUUCCCACCUUUUGCAGUAAUUUCUACAGUGACUUCAAUAUGAAUAUCUCAUAGUUUUACAAAAACAUAUUUCAGAGGCAGGAGGUACUCUAGUAGUAUUUAUUAUUUUUGGUAAGUUACAAAGAUGGAAUAUCUACUGGACUUGAAAUAAAGCAAUUUAAAAAGUG